AGCCGCGGCGCACGUGAGCGGCCACGGAAACGGAGAGAGCGGAGAAGGCAACGCGCAACAAUUAACACGCCGCCCAAGGCUAGACAGGGAGUAGCCACCAAACCAAAACACCAAACGCCGCUCUCUACUUCUCCUUCUCCCUCUCCCCCAAACUUUUCCUCCUCCUCCCCCACUCUCUCCGCCGGCCUGCUCCCCCGGGGAAAGAAGGAGAGGCGCGGCGGCAUUGCGGCAUUGCGGAUCGGCGGCGGCGGGCAUGAUGAUGCGGCGGGUGGCGCCGCCGGAGGCGGCCGACGAGAGCGCGGCGGCGGGGUCGGGGUCGGCGGGCGGCGUGCCCGGCUGGCUGGAGGCGCUGCUGGGCACCCGCUUCUUCCUCGCCUGCGCCGCGCACCCGGGCUCGCCGCGCAACGAGACCAACAUGUUCUGCAUCGACUGCCGCGCCACGCCCGCCGCAUUCUGCUACUACUGCCGCUCCCACCGCCACGCGUCCCACCGGGUCAUCCAGAUACGGCGCUCCUCCUACCACGACGUGGUGCGCGUCACGGAGGUGGAGGACGUCCUCGACAUCGCCGGCGUGCAGACCUACGUCAUCAACAGCGCCAGGGUCCUCUUCCUCAACGAGCGGCCCCAGCCGCGCGGCGCCGGCGCCGCCGCGGGCAAGGCCGCCGCCUCGCCCUACAACUGCGAGAUCUGCGGACGCGCGCUGCUCGACCCCUUCCGCUUCUGCUCCCUCGGAUGCAAGUUGGUGGACACCAAGAUGCACGGCCACGAGGCGGCCACCGGCAAUGCCGGCGUCGGCGUCAGCGGCGGCGAUGGCGGCGAGGCGGAGGCCGGCGGGAGCAAGCACGGCGCGCGCCCUCAGGGCCGGCGGCGGAAAGGGACGCCCCACCGCGCGCCCUUCGGCUCGUGACAUCCGUCCAAGAUCAAAAGAGGAAACGGCAAUGCCAGGGAUGGGGAGGAAGAGCACGCCAAAAGGAAGAGCUUCUACUCCCUCACAUACCCAGAAAAGAAACAAAAAAAAGAAAAGAAGAAGGAAGAUACUAGCACCGCCCAACUAGAAAGAGAAGCCAACCCAACCACCAUGGAAUGGAAUGGAAGGAGCAAGCGACAUGUCAGUCUCAACCUCUCUCUCGUUUCUCUCUCACACCAUACAAUAGGCCAUACCAGCAUUUGGUACAUGACUCUCUAGCACCUAGUCCUAGAUGCAUUUUUUUGGGGGUGGAUGGAUUAUAUAUUCUUUUUUGUUUUGUUUUGUUACUGCUCAACUGAUUAAUCACAUACUGUAGUGCAUUCUUCUCUCUUCA